AUGGCUACACGUGUCAUGUCAGCAGCAAAUAAUUCAGCAACAAAUAAUAGUACUAUUAACAAUGGUAAUCUCGUGAAUUCAUUUCCAUCCUAUAUGCCACCAUUGAAUAAUAAUAACAAUUAUUCAAUGCCAAGUCAGCAUCCUUACUUGGAACAUGGUGGUGCACAAAUUGACCACACUAUGGAAUCAAUGAUGAUGAAUGGAUUAGUUACUAAACAAUCCCUGAUGGAUAUCUAUUCGAGAAAUCAAGCCAUCCUUUCCCAACAUCACAAUUCGAAACAGAAUAUGAUGCUUCCUUCUUACUAUCACGACUCAAAUCUCCCUGACCAACAUUUCUAUCACAACAAUCCACAACAACAUUCCAAUCCACAACAAGCAUUCCAACAACAUCCACAUCAGGGCUUCUUUUCACCUGAACAUGUGGAUGGCAUGGUUUCAAUUUUGAAAGGAGAGGAAGAUUUUAUUCACUUGUUGGAUAAUUCAGAACCACUAACUUCAUUCGAUAUUGAAGAUCAUCAUUCUUUCAAUCCAACUAUUGUUGCAACUUCUCCACAAAGACAAUCAAGGAAGAAUCGAACUGUUUCGAAUAGAAAGCAUGCUGAGGAAGAAGAUGAUGAUUUUGAUCAUUUAACUGAGGAUGAGCAAGAUCAACAACAUGAUGUUAAAUCACCAUCUCAUUCUUCUGGCAAUAGUUCAAAUGGCCAAAAACAACGUGGACAUGCCAAUGUCAAUACAACUCCAACUGGAGAUAAGAGCAGUACAAGAACUAGCUCUCCAACCAAUAGUCAAGAAAAGAAUUCACCCUAUCCUAAUGGCAGAAAGAGAGCAAGCAAAGCAUGUGUUGAAUGUCAGAAACGUCAUACAAGAUGUGGUUUCGAACGACCAUGUGAAAGAUGCGUAAGAUUGGGUUUGGAAUGUGUGGAAAUGAAAUCAACCAAGAAGAGAGGAAGAUCAACAAUGGGUUCAAAUCAAGAUAUCGAAUCAAAUAAUACCUCAGUGGCAUUGGAUAAAAAUGGUAAAUCUGGUAAAAAGACCAAAGCUAAAACCUCAGCCGAAUCAAAGAAGAGAAAAUCAUCUCCAAAUGAAGCAGAGCAAAACUUUGAAACCAAACCAAAACUCUCUAAGGUUGAGAUUAUGACUUCUUCUGAUAUUGCGCAUGCUCCAACAACUCCAUCAAUUAUUACAACACUUACUUCAACAUCAACUAAUGUCUAUCCAGUGAAUGAUGCCACUACUCCAUCACAACUUGUUGAAAAGCCAUUGGGUGUUGUUGCUGUUGGUUCUGAUUUUACAUCUGUUCAGUAUGUGAGCGAUCCACUCUCUACCAUGUUUGAAGAGCAACCAUUGACUCGAUUGGAUUCAAUUAUGGGCCCUGAUUUCAUUCAAACUCAACUCAAUUUGUUAUGUGAAGCCAAGGCAACUAGAGAAACAAUAAUUUCACAUGUCGAUAAUGGACUUGCUGUUUUGCAACAAUCUCAUCUCAGAGCUGAAAGAACUGCCAGAGCCAUGAUCAAGCUGAAAGAAGGUAAAUUGGCAGAAAUGUCAAUCAAGUUUGUAUUCAUGUAUACUCCAGCAAAUCCAUCCAUUUUGGAAAGUGCCUAUGUAUUUUUGAAUUGGAAUGGUUCAUAUACUUGUUAA